AUGGUAUACCGUAGCGACGUCGCCUUACUAAAAGAUCUUACUAACAAAACCGGAGCGUCAACGGUUACCUAUACACUCAGUCUCAAGUUUCAACUCGAAGAAAAUGUUCGAGUGACUAAGCUAUUAUUGUACCUAUCCGUUGGUUAUUCCUUGUGGGGAUCAUUCGGAUGUUUCCUCUUCGUCUCAGCGUUUGUACUGUUCGACACUACACAUCUGCUUGCACAAUUAUCCUACGCCUUAUUUAACAACUAUAUUGCGCUGUGA